UUCACUUAUUAACGCGCGUUCGCAUGACAUUAUACUUCGCCGGCGAACGAUGCCGACUUCAGCCGUCUCGCACCACCGGCCGGACGACCUUAUUAUCCGACUAUCUUCAUCUUCAUCCGAUGCCGAUGAUGAUAAGCUCAAGGCUCUUCGAUAUUUGAAGAAUCAGAUUAUCGGAAACCGUACGAAAAAGCUUUCAUACAUCAAGCUCGGGGCUGUACCCGCCGUUGUAUCUAUUCUAUCCGAUUCUUCCCCCGCGAAUUUCGAAUCCUCUCUAUCUCUCCUCGUACAGGCUGCGGCUACCAUUGGAAGUUUCGCUUGUGGUCUGGAUGCAGGUGUUAAGGCGGUCCUUGAUGCUGGAUCUUUGCCCCUUUUAUUUGAUUUAAUAUCAUACCCAAAUGAAAAGAUUGUGGACGCUGGUGCUCGUUCCCUUAAAAUUAUCUAUCAGUCAAAACUGGCUCCCAAAUAUAACUUGUUUCAAGAGAAGAACUUGGAAUCACUUAUGUUACUACUGAAUAGCGAGAAUGAAAAUGUUGGUGGGCUUGGUGCGAGCAUCAUAACUCAUUCUUGUAGGACAAGCAUUGAACAGAAGGCAUUAAGUGAUGCUGGAGUUUUGAAGAAGCUUGUUAGUCUUCUUGGAGGUUCUUUAUGUCAAAGAGAGGCAAGCUUAGAAUCUCUGGCCACAAUAACCAAGGAGAAUCCAGAAGUAAUCUCACAGCUUGUAGGCCUUGAAGAAAGAGCAUUGAGUAUCAUAACUGAACUAACGAAGGAUAAGUAUCCUCGGACUAGGUUGCUUUCCUGUUUGUGUUUGAUUUCUGUGAGGAAUACAUCUCCUUGCUAUCUGGAAGAUAUGGGAAUCACACCUAAGUUGGUGCCAAUUUUACUUGAUCUUCUUGAUGAUCCUGGUCAAGUUGGGGAUGAAGCUCCUUUUGCCUUGUCAAGUUUGGUUGCUGGAAAUGAGGAUCUGCAAAAUCUUGCAUUUGAGGCAAAUGUUGUAGAUAAACUAUGUGAUUACUUUCAGAAAGAGGUACUGCAAACCAGACGUCUGCAAGGAAUAUUGCUUGCUUUGGCUGAUUUAUGCUCGGCAUUGGAAAAAUGCAGGUCAAGACUUCUUUCACUGCAGGUAUUUAACUUUGUGACCGAUGCGUUGACUCAUAGGAAUGCUGAAGUACGCGAAGCAGUAUGCAUAUUUUUGAAGUGCAUCUCUCGGUCAGUCCAGAAUCUCAGUGCAGGUAAUUUUGUUAAGGAAAGCAUUAUCAGUCUACUCAUUCAACUUCUGAAUUCAAGCUUUACUUCUGUCCAGAUUGCUGCUCUUGGUGCUAUUAGCAACAUUGUGGUUGAUUUUACUGCAAAUAAGUCUUUGUUCAUUCAAUCUGGAGGAUUGGGAGAGCUUAUUCAGCUGUCAAAAUCAAUGGAUUCAAGUAUUAGGCUCAAUGCUGUAUGGGCAUUAAGUAAUCUAAUAUUCCUUACAGAAAGCCAAUUUAAAGAUGAUGUCAUGCUAGAACUCACAACAACUGCAUUAUAUGGUUUGAUUUGUGACUCUGAGGCUUCUGUACAAGAACAUGCUCUGGCUUUUUUGAAGAAUCUGGUUGAUGGACAAUUGGACUGCAUUGAAUAUGUCUUUGCUGAGGAGGGUCUUCUAUUGCAAGCUGUUGGUAGACAAUUACGGAGUGCUUUGAAAACUGAGGUUUUAGUUCAGGGAAUGUAUGUCCUCUGCAAUGUAGCAUCGGGUGUUGAAUUCCAUAAAGAAGGUGUAAUGCAAGAACUUCUUCAACCAAUACACAGUAACCACCAGCCAAUGAUUAUAAGUUUCUUGCAAAGUCCAAUCAGCCAGCUGAGAGUUAUUUGUACAUGGACAAUAAUAAAUCUCACCUUCCCAAGCAGUCCAGGUGCACCCGAUAGAGCAGUAAAACUAAGAAACGCGGGAAUAGUUCCUCAGUUGAAAAAUAUGGUUAAUGAUUCUUGCCUUGAUGUAAAGCUUCGUGUUAGAGCAGCACUGGGACAACUUAUGACCUUUGGUGAUGGACUGGCAGCAGUAUGAUCGAUCAUCUAUUUGUUUUUAAGCUUAUGUAAAAGUUAAAAAUGUCUUAUACACGAAGGUUUAAUGCAACAUGGUGCUGAGUUCGUGAUUCAAACCCUUUAGCCAUUUCAAGCAUCAUCAUCAUAUUAUGGUAUGAAAUCCUUCAAUUUUUUUCAUGAGAGUUUGUACUAUAUUCCUAGCAGUAGAAGCUAAUUAGACUUUGGUAUGUUAUUGUGUUCUCUAAAAUUGGCAACAAAUAUAUGUACAAAAAAAACAUACAUUAGAGACUUGUUCGUUAAACAUGAAAUAAUUAACAAAUGGUGGAGAUGGCCCAUCGUCGAUGAUCCUGUAUUUGUAUUAUCC